AUGCGACAACCUUCUCUCGCGAGAUUUCGUUUUCCCGGAAGUGCUGGCGGACCUUCUGCGAACGGCGUCGCGAUGUGCAGGGACUGUGUGGAGAAGGAGUACCCCAACCGGGGUACCAUCUGCCUGGAGAAUGGAUCUUUUUUGCUGAACUUUACAGGCUGUGCAGUAUGCAAUAAGCGAGAUUUUAUGCUGAUCACAAACAGAUCUUUGAAAGAGGAAGAUGGAGAAGAAAUUGUUACCUAUGACCAUUUGUGUAAGAAUUGUCAUCAUGUAGUUGCCAGGCAUGAGUACACAUUCAGUAUCAUGGAUGAAUUUCAGGAAUAUACGAUGCUGUGUCUGUUAUGUGGCAAAGCUGAAGAUACUAUCAGUAUUCUCCCUGAUGACCCCCGACAAAUGACUCUGUUAUUCUAAAGUUUCUCUGGAGUUCUGUUUUAACUGUGUUGUGUUGGUUUAUAAUAGCAACAAGCCUAGUUUGUUUAUAAUGGCAGUUAUUUGAACUUUUUCUUCUGCUUGCAACAUGUUAUUCUUUGAAAGAAAAGAGAAGUUAGGGGCUUGCUUGUCUCUGCAGCUGAUAUCUUCUGCUAAAGUUCCCAGUUCACAUCAGUGCUGCCAGAAUGAAGCAUCUUGGUUAGCAUUUAUGUGGUUUAAAAAUAACUAGACUUGGGACAUACCUCGUUUCCAUUUCAUGGAUUCUAUAGAAGUAACCACAGUUCUUUGAAGAAAUGACUAAAUCUAGUGCUGUGUAAUCCUAAAUGAGUAUCUAAUGUGACAUAAGCUGGAAGUGCUCUAAAAAAGAAAAUAUAAUGGUUAAAAUAAAUACAAUGAUUGAAAAUGUUUCCAACUUACAGAGGAGCCAGCUGAAGAAGAUCCUAGUGACCAAAGUUGGAAAACUUUGAGCAAAAAAGUUAAAUAGCAUUAGAUUAUAUCCCAAACUAUAAAAUAUGUUCCUGAGUCUGUGUUGAUGUCAAUAAAUGGUUGAUUAAGCAGAUGCAUAAAUUGGAGAGAUUUGAAAAAUCUCUCAUGCAGAAUAAUUGCAAACAAUCUUAUGAAGUUUAUACCUACUUCUUAAGUGUGAGUUGUGUGGAUUGAUUUCUUUCCAAAGAGUAUAUAUAUUAGAAACAAAAUUGUAUCCUCUUCAUAUCUGAGACAUUUGGAAAUUCUGCACCGAGGCUUUGCUUGUAAGAGGGAGGAAUGAGCAAAGUGUUUAUUUUUUCCUUGUGAGGCCAUACCAGGAAGUGCUCUGGGAGGAAAAUUCCUAGCUCUGAUGGUGCUCAGACCACGUGUGCCAGGAAUUCAACUGGUGUGGACCACAUGCAGGGUAAAUGCCUUACCUCGUCUUCUAUCUCUUUGGCCCCAUUUCAUUUUUUAAAGUAGAGAAAAGCUUUGUUGUAUUACAGGAAUAAUAGUGAUGUUUAUUGAGUACUUACUAUGUGACAAGACUUUGUGAGCUCUUAAUUCUUAACACUUCAUGAAGUAACCACUGUUAUUAUCUCAUUUUUAGAGCCAAAGGAACUAAGUUAGAGAACUUACUGGAGGUCACACAGUUUUUACAGUGACUCCCCCUCAAUGGUGGCUAGCAGUGGUAUGUGUAAAGGUCUGGCAAAGGGAGAGAAAAUUCUGUCAGUAGCAACACUCUGAGAAAUCUACAGACUUGUUAGACCAAGGUGGUUAUUCCAGAAAGUUAAAAGUCAGCUGCUCCUAAGAGAUCAAUCAUUUUAUUCCUGGAAAAUGUUUUCCACUCCUGCAAAUCUUUAUCUGACCUGCUGAGGAAAUUGCUUGGCAGAAUGAAUCCAGAAAGCAGAGAAAAUGCCUCAUUACUUUAAAUAGCAGCACUAAGCCCAUUAUAGCCCCUAAGUUGUCCCUUCUUGAAAUUUGCAAAUGUUUCUAAGUUAGUCAUCUGGAGCUCGAGAGUACGACAUUUUUUUUUUUAAAUGCCCCACUAAAAUCCUCAUUAGUACAGUAUGUGUAAUUUUGGACUGUACAAAAAUCUAAAACAUAAGAUUCUGUAUAUUUCAUGAGUAUUAAAAUGGCAUUAAACUGUG